UCAGUCUCGCCAAGCCUUCUGCUGCGAUAAGAUCGACGACAAUGACGGGACACGAUGAGGCUUAACGCGAGAUUUUGAUAUGGAAUGCGGAGGACCGAGAGAAACGACAAUUCGCGAAAUAGUGGAGUGACAGAGGGUACAAUCGUGAUUGUCGUUAGCGAACGACAGCAUCAUGAGGACGAUAAUGAGCACGAUGAGGAUCCUUUUAAAGAGCAUCAUAUGCCUUCUGUCAGUGGUUAACGCGAGGACUGCGAUAAUGCCGCCACCGUGGGCCGAUCCCUCGAGCAACCCCUGCGCUGCACAACCACGCGGUUGGCUGCUGCUUUACUGGCCAACAGAUGGGAAAUGCUAUAAAAUAUUCCAGAUCGGCCCCCCGUGCCCGGAAACCAUGGAACUGGGUCCAGCAGCCGGCAAUGGAACAAUUGCGGAAUGUAGAUGUCCUCCAGGAACCGCUCAAUCGCCCAAGGACGCGUUGUGCCAUCCGAUAUUCACGAGAGCAUCCUGCUCCAAGGGUCAAUUCUUUGCACCUGUACCCGACGCGCUUGAUAAAUUAGCGUAACAAAAACAGUCUCUCUCUUUAAUCUCAUUUCAUAAUUAACUGGAAACACCUAUACAUAUUC